AUGGAAGACGAGGUGGCUGCUCUUGUCAUUGACAAUGGUUCGGGUAUGUGUAAGGCCGGUUUUGCCGGUGACGAUGCACCCCGCGCUGUGUUCCCUUCGAUCGUCGGCCGUCCACGCCACACUGGUGUGAUGGUGGGUAUGGGUCAAAAGGACUCGUAUGUGGGUGAUGAGGCACAGUCGAAGCGCGGUAUCCUCACGCUCAAGUACCCCAUUGAGCACGGUAUCGUUACCAACUGGGACGACAUGGAGAAGAUCUGGCACCACACGUUCUACAACGAGCUCCGUGUGGCUCCCGAAGAGCACCCUGUCCUUCUCACUGAGGCCCCUCUGAACCCCAAGGCCAACCGUGAGAAGAUGACGCAGAUCAUGUUCGAGACGUUCAAUGCCCCAGCCUUUUACGUGGCUAUUCAGGCCGUGCUGUCGCUGUACGCCUCGGGUCGUACCACCGGUAUUGUUCUGGACUCGGGUGACGGUGUGACCCACACUGUUCCCAUUUACGAAGGUUACUCUAUGCCUCACGCUAUUCUGCGUCUCGACCUGGCAGGUCGAGACCUCACAGAGCAUCUUGUCAAGAUCCUCAUGGAGCGCGGUUACCCUUUCACCACAUCUGCUGAGCGUGAGAUUGUGCGUGACAUUAAAGAGAAGCUGUGCUACGUGGCUCUUGACUUUGAGCAAGAGUUGCUCACUGCUGCUCAGAGCUCGGCUCUCGAAAAGAGCUACGAGCUGCCUGACGGUCAAGUGAUCACCAUCGGCAAUGAGCGUUUCCGUUGCCCUGAGGCUCUGUUCCAGCCUUCGUUCCUGGGUCUUGAAGCUGCUGGUGUGCACGAAACCACGUACAACUCGAUCAUGAAGUGUGACUUGGAUAUCCGUAAGGAUCUGUACGGUAACAUUGUCAUGUCGGGUGGUUCGACAAUGUACCCAGGCAUUUCGGACCGUAUGCAGAAGGAGAUCACGGCUCUUGCUCCUAGCAGCAUGAAGGUCAAGAUUGUGGCCCCACCGGAGCGCAAGUAUUCGGUCUGGAUUGGUGGUUCGAUUCUUGCCUCGCUGUCGACGUUCCAGCAGAUGUGGAUCUCGAAGCAAGAGUACGACGAAGCUGGCCCCUCCAUUGUGCACAGGAAGUGCUUCUAA